ACAUAAUGAAGGAAUACUCUAACUGAGCUACACAAAAAAAAAAAAAAAUAUAAACAAAAACAACAUGUGACUUUGGGCACUCGUCCCACUAGCGUCAUCACUGGCAAAAAAAUGUACUGACUUGCUCCAUUCCGUGAGCUUCAACAGCUCCCUAUGCCAAUACACAGUGUGACGUCACAGAUUACCCUCCUUGUUAAACUCCAUGACUUUGAUCAUAAAACUUUGAGAAGUGCCUUAUAAAAAACACGCGUUUAUAUAAAUAAAAAGUAUACAACAGUAAUAAAAACGUGAAAUUUUUUUUAUUUUACAUUUAAAAAAAAAAAUGAGUGAUUCCGAUGAAAAUCCUGGUAGUCCAGUUCCUGAAAUUGAAACAAAAAAUGAGAAUAUAACUGCAACUUGGGAAAGUCUUGGACUUGAACCAGUACUUUGUCAAGCAUGUAGAGAUUUAAAAUGGGAAAAACCAUCACCAAUUCAGAUUGAAGCAAUUCCACAUACUCUGGCAGGUAAAGAUAUAAUUGGUAUUGCUGAAACUGGAUCUGGUAAAACAGGAGCAUUUGCAUUGCCAAUUCUAAAUGCACUAUUAGAAAAUGCACAUCGUUCUUUUGCUCUUGUUUUAACACCAACUCGAGAACUUGCAUUUCAAAUAUCUGAACAAUUUGAAGCACUUGGAUCAAGUAUUGGUGUAAAAUGUGUAGUUAUUGUUGGAGGAAUGAGCAUGGAUGAUCAAAAAUUAUUGCUAUUAAUAGCAACACCAGGUCGCCUUGUUGAUCAUCUUGAAAAUACAAAAGGUUUCGAACUUCGUUCAUUAAAAUUUCUUGUUAUGGAUGAAGCCGAUAGAAUAUUAAAUAUGGAUUUUGAAGUUGAAGUUAAUAAAAUACUUCGUAUUAUACCACGUGAACGUCGUACUCUAUUAUUUUCAGCAACCAUGACAAAAAAAGUACAAAAACUUCAACGUGCAUCACUUAAAGAUCCAGUUAAACUUCAAAUAUCAACAAAAUAUCAAACUGUUGAUAAACUUCAACAAUCAUAUUUAUUUAUUCCAUCGAAAUAUAAAGAUGUUUAUCUUGUUCAUAUACUAAAUGAAUUAGCUGGUAAUAGUUUUAUGAUAUUUUGUGGAACAUGUGUUAAUACCAUAAGAACAGCAAUGAUUUUAAGAAAAUUAGGAUUCAUGGCUGUACCAUUAAAUGGACAAAUGAAUCAAAAUAAAAGACUGGCGGCAUUGACUAAAUUUAAAGCUAAAAAUCGUUCAAUACUUAUAUCAACUGAUGUUGCUAGUAGAGGUUUGGAUAUACCACAUGUUGACAUUGUCAUUAAUUUGGAUAUACCAACUCAUAGUAAGGACUAUAUUCAUAGAGUUGGAAGAACAGCACGUGCUGGUAGAUCAGGCCGUUCAAUAACAUUUGUAACGCAGUAUGAUGUUGAACUAUAUCAAAGAAUUGAACAAUUAAUUGGUAAAAAACUUCCUCUAUAUAAAACUGAAGAAGAUGAUGUCAUGAUUUUACAAGAAAGAGUUAGUGAAGCAGAACGUAUCGUCAAAAUGGAAAUGAAAGAUAAUGAAGAUUGUAAAAAAUCUGGUAAAAGAAAAAGAUCACAAAAACAUGAUGAUGAUGAUGAUAAUGAUGAUACUGAACAAUCAUUUGGUGGUAGAAAACGUGUCAAAAGUCAUUUUAGCAACAAAGGCAAGGGUAAACCUAGACGAAAAUAAUUAUUUUUAUUCUAAUAACUAAUUUAAAUUGCAAUUUGAAAAAAAAAAAAAUUUUUUUUUAUGUUGAAUGAAAUAAAUAGUAAUUAUAAUAAUAAUAAAAAAAAGGAGUAUUAAUAUUAUUAUUUUAAAAAUAUAGAAAAAACCAUGACACGUAUUUUCAUAUUUUUAUAUCACAAAAAAUAGUAUUUUUUUUUUUCAUCUGGUUAUCAUCACUGUUUGUUACUUUUUUUUUUUUUGUGUUUAACCUGAUACUUAAUUAAAUGAAUUAAAAUGUGUAUAUUCCAUAAUAAUAUUAUUAACUAUUUCUACACAUUCUGUACAGUUAAUUCAAUUCAAGGAUUUAAUUAAACUUUAUACAAAAAUUAUCUAUAUCAUAAAGACAUACCAUAUAGCAUGAGUUUUUUCGUUCCUUUUUUUUUUUUCUUUUUUCAUUAACUUUUCGGUUUUGUUUUUAAGUUUCUCGAUGUCCAGAGCCAAGUAAAACACGCCUGGACAUACAUAUCUGCUGUACCUUAAUUUCUUUUUCUUGUAUUUUGUACUGGUUUUAC